AUUUUCAUAAAUUGUGUUUCAUUUGGUCAAAUAUAGGAAUAUCCUAUUUUCUCGGUCGAGCGUGUAUUAGACGUCGCGUCGCAACCAGAUGCCACCGAAAUUUUGAUGUAUAGAUACUUUAGAACAGCAAUUUCUUACGUAUAAAAGAAAAAUAUGCAACAAUAAUGCAUAACGUUAUAAAAUCAACAUUUUAAGUGUUAUGUCUUAUUUUCUUACUACAAUUGUGCCGGCGUUAGCUUCUGAGCAGUCUGCUUGGUUAUUUCUGAUCACACUAGGGGUGAGUUUCUUACUAUGUCUCGCUUGAAUGACUUAAAUGUACAUCUUUGUUGGGUAUAUUUUGAUGUCGAAGCGUGUAAUUAGAAUUUAUUUAUUCAUUUAUUAUGUACAUGCACGUGAUAGCUAUUUUCAUCAUUUAUCUGUUAUCUAUGUUUAACAUGUUGUGAACAUUUACAAAAUCUAAUUGCAGAUGGUGUGGAAACGGGAAUGCCCUCAUUGCAACCAGCUGCUACAAUACGUAUAUGUCGAAGAUAUUUACCGAUCCACUCCAUGCGAGUACGAUGAACACGUACGGUUUGCACUGACUGAGCUAACCAGGUUCAGUGGGAAUUGUACACAGAUUCUUACAAUUCUGUACGGUUUGGCCAAGAGUAAAAACUGUUUGCGACAAGUUGCAGAGGAGGCAGGCGUGAGUAUACCGUUGGUUUCACGAAUCAAAAAGGACAUCACUGGAAGGAUAAAGGAAUGGUUAUGGAAGUCCUGCAGCAAUGUCAUUGGAGGAUUUGGUCGUGUCGUCGAAAUUGACGAGGCACAACUGGGACGACGAAAAAACCACAGGGGUAAGGAGCGAAGGUGUGAAUGGGUACUAGGCAUGAUCGAAAGAGGCUCCAACAGAAUAAGCCUAGCUUCUGUCAUCCGUCGAACAACAAAGGAGAUGUAUCCACUAAUCCUUGAAAGAGUUUUACCAGAUAACUCUUUAUCCAUUGGCUCCAAACUCCACAACCACCCUGCUGACAACGCUGCUCCAAAGAAUAUCGAUCGACUGGGUGUUGGAAAAACUCCUUCUAAGGAAAGGAUUAGAAGGAAAACUUCCAAUGACUUUGGCCAUGAGAUUGAUAUUGGAUGUAAAUACGAAGACAACAACAAUCGGCUAGGACCUACCAACAACAACGAGAGUGUCCGACUUGAAGCCGGUUGUUGUGUGGAUGCUAGCGUAGCAGUCCAGUGA